AUGUGUGUCGUGACCGCAAUCAAAUGGUAUCUCCAAUCCAAAUUCAGCAAAGCUCCGCAACCAGACAUCAAUGCCGAUUUCAUCACCAUUCAAAUCCCGCUGUUCAUAGAAUUCGGACAGGAGGCGGAUAACAUGCACGUGAGGAACGGACCCAAAGCGCCCCAGACCUGGCGCGUUGUUUUGAUAAGCAGCGCUGUCAAAGAAGAUCACAUCUCUAUCGACGCGCAGUGGGGUGCCAAGGAGACGAAAGCAGAGGCGUAUGCGGAGAUGGUGAGGGUGGUAAAGGGGGAGUGGGAGAGUGCUGGUAAGCCACCUGUGGAGUAG